AUGUCGAGUGCUCGGAAUUUCUCAACUGCCCUGCGACGGGCUCGCGUGCCCAAGCCCCGCGCUGCGAUUCGACCUCUUACCGCCGCCCCCCGUGCCCCGACCGUGAAUGCGACCCGCGCCUUCAGCGUUUCCGCCCCCGUCAAGUCCACCAAGGAGGUCAAGUACACCACCAACGCCUACCCCGACCUCAAGCGCGACCCGAAAUUCGCCGAGAUCACCGCCGAGGAUGUGCAGGUUUUCAAGGACCUACUGGGCUCCCAGUCCGCCGUCAUCGACGGCGUGACGACCGACGCUGCGGACGACAUCGAACCCUUCAACGGCGACUGGAUGCGCAAGUACCGCGGACACACGAGGCUGGUGCUGAAGCCGCAGAACGCGCAGGAGCUCAGCAAGGUGCUUAAGCACUGCAACGAGCGCAAGCUGGCGGUUGUGCCGCAGGGCGGUAACACGGGGCUGGUCGGCGGUUCGGUGCCCGUCUUCGAUGAGAUUGUCAUCAACACGUCCCGCAUGAACAAGAUCCGUUCGUUCGACGAGGCCUCGGGUGUGCUGGUUGCUGAUGCCGGUGUUAUUCUCGAAGUCGCGGACCAGCAUCUCGCGCAGAAGGACCAUCUCUUCCCGUUGGAUCUGGGCGCUAAGGGAUCUUGCCAUAUCGGUGGCAAUGUGGCUACGAACGCGGGCGGUCUGCGUCUGCUUCGCUAUGGCAGUCUGCAUGGUAACGUGCUGGGUCUGGAGGCUGUCCUGCCGGACGGAACCAUUGUGGAUUCGCUGUCCACCCUGCGGAAGAACAACACCGGGUAUGACCUGAAGCAGCUGUUCGUUGGCGCCGAGGGAACCAUCGGUAUCAUCACCGCCGUUUCGAUCCUGUGCCCUCCGCGCCCGAAGGCGGUCAACGUCGCCUACUUCGGUCUGGAGAGCUACGACCAGGUCCGCCAGGCGUUCAAGGCGGCCAAGGGCCAGCUGUCUGAGAUUCUGUCCGCGUUCGAGCUGAUGGACGGUCGCACGCAGCAGCUGGUGCACGAGUCCACCGGUAACAAGUACCCGCUGGAAGGCGAGUACCCGUUCUACUGCGUCGUGGAGACCAGCGGAUCGAACCCCGACCACGACAUGGAGAAGCUGGAGUCGUUCCUGGAAUCGAUCAUGGGCGAGGGCAUCGUUGCCGACGGAGUGCUGGCCCAGGACGAGACCCAGUUCCAGUCGAUCUGGCGCUGGCGGGAGGGCAUCACCGAGGCCCUGAGCCACCUGGGCGGCACCUACAAGUACGACGUCUCGAUCCCUCUCCCCGAGCUGUACAAGCUGGUCGAGGACUGCCGCGAGCGACUGACGGACCUUGGGCUCGUCGGUGACGACGACUCGUUCCCUGUGCGGGCGGUCGUGGGAUACGGCCACAUGGGUGACUCGAACCUGCACUUGAACAUUGCCGUGCGCCAGUACACCAAGGAGGUCGAGAAGGCCAUCGAGCCGUGGGUGUACGAAUGGAUCCAGAAGCGCAACGGUAGUAUCAGUGCCGAGCACGGGCUGGGUCUCGCCAAGAAGGAGUUUAUUGGAUACAGCCAGAAUGAGACGAUGGUGAAGCUGAUGAAGCAGUUGAAGAAUCUGUAUGAUCCGCAAUUCAAUUCGGCGCCGAAUACCAAUUCGCGACCACCCGCCGCCAUGGAGUCCGAUAUGUCGGGUCACUAUCAGAUGAUGGAGGAAUUGGGGAGUGGGAGCUUUGGCACGGUGUACAAGGCGAUUGAAAAAUCUACCGGCGAGAUCGUGGCUGUCAAGCAUAUCGAUCUCGAGUCCAGCGAAGACGAUAUCCAGGAAAUCCAGCAGGAGAUUUCCGUGCUGGCGACAUGCGCUAGCCCGUUCGUGACGCAGUACAAAGCGAGUUUUCUACGUGGACACAAGCUGUGGAUUGUGAUGGAAUACCUGGGCGGAGGAUCGUGUCUGGAUUUGUUGCUCCUGGGAAUGGACUACCUGCACAGCGAGGGCAAGAUCCACCGCGACAUCAAAGCCGCCAAUGUUCUGCUGUCGCAUACCGGGAAAGUGAAGCUGGCGGAUUUCGGCGUCGCCGCACAGCUCAUCAACAUCAAGUCUCAGCGGAAUACGUUUGUCGGGACGCCAUUCUGGAUGGCGCCCGAGGUCAUUCAGCAGGCGGGGUACGAUUACAAGGCGGAUAUCUGGUCGCUGGGCAUUUCGGCUAUCGAGAUGAUUAAUGGAGAGCCGCCGCAUGCGAGCACGCACCCGAUGAAAGUGCUCUUCUUGAUCCCCAAGGAGCCGGCCCCGCGUCUGGAGGGCGACCAGUACAGCAACACGUUCAAGGAUUUCAUCUCGCAAUGCCUGACGAAGGACCCGGAUCGCCGCCCGAGUGCGAAGGAGCUCUUGCGACACAAGUUCAUUCGGAACGCGGGGAAGACGGAAGCGCUGCAGGAGCUGAUCCAGCGGAAACAGGACUGGGAUGCCGGCCGGGGAGUGACUCGGAACGUCAAGUACUAUGCGGAGUCACUUAACACGAUCACGCAUUUGCAGGACGACGACGGAUGGGUGUUCGACACCGUCAAGGCGCCCACGAUGACGAUCCCCGAAGACCCCUGGGAUAUGGACGAGCCGGAGCCCGAAUACUACCCAUACGAGGAGGAGCCGUCUGAGAUGAUGGAAAACAUGCACAUCUCGAGCCCGCCCCAGAAGCAACCGCUUUACGUGAACACGGCCGUUCGACGCACCCCCGCGCCCGACCGCAGCCCUUCAGUACGACGAACCACCAGGAAACGACGCUCGAGCGGAGUCAAGCAGCCUUUGGGCGUGGAUUUGACCUUCGGCAACAGUCCAUCGGCAGCCCGGCAAUUCCGCCGCGUGUCAGACAAGAUGUCCGAAAGUCCAUACGCGUCGUCGUACCCGAUUGCCACCGACGAGAACUUUAGUCCCAAGUCGGUCCAAUCGCCCGACACCAACAGCAAGGAAACCCAACUGGGACGCCGAGCAUACAGCAAAGCCGUGGGAAUCGCCUGCCAGGAGGUCCUGGGAACCACCGGCGACCAGGAAAAGCGAGAGGCCAUCUCGCGACUGGCCGAAGCUUGGAGUGACCUGGAAAUGGUGGACCCCGAGGGACUCUAUCAUAUUCUCAGGGCGACGAACGAGCGACUCCAAGCGGACCCGAAGCUGUCAAGUCUCGUUCCACCCGCUCCACCGGCACCCGAAUCCCCACAAAGGCCACGACUAGUUUUGGCUCAAAACAACCCACAUCUGAAAAGCCACCGGCGGCGUCAAUCGGCGGCCGUGGCCGAACCGAGUCUGCAGCCGGCGCAGCUAGCGAAUCUUCCGGGUCAGCAAGUGCCCGGAAUGGAGCACACCAAGCAAUUGUCGGACGUGCUAUAUCAACGAUGGUCCGAAGGUCUUCGUAAUCGGUGGCCAGCGCUUUAA